AGAUAAGAUUGUGUUGUGCCGGUUUAGUAUGAAACUAUAUUACAAGGAGAGUGAGCGCGUUAGUGAUAAAAAAGAUUUAAAAAUAAAACAAAAUGGGUUGUGGUGAAUUUCUAGUCAAAUACAUCUUAUUUUUUGCCAACUUGUUCUUUGCGUUAUCAGGCCUCGCGCUCCUGGGUAUCGGAGUAGCCGUCCAGCUGAAGGUUACAGCAAUAACCGCCCUCAUCGAUGGCUGGUACGAGUUCGGACCCAUCGCCACCAUGGUGGUGGGGUCUAUCGUGUUCUUCAUUGCCUUCCUCGGAUGCUGCGGCGCUAUUAGAGAGAGCAACUGCAUGUUGGUCACUUACUCAAUCUUCAUGAUCGUGCUGAUGGUGUUGAAGAUAGCUCUGGCGACGAUAGUGUUCGUGAACGCGGACUCUCUGGCAACCAGCGUCAAGAACGAGUUCAAUAACCUCUUCCUCAACAACCAGACGGAGUUCCACAAGAUCGAGACGGCGCUCACUUGCUGCGGUACAGAAGGCGGACAGUCCUACGGAUUGAACAUCGUGUCUCUGCCACCGAGCUGCUGCGCUGAGGGCGCUACCACCUGUACUCUGCUCAACUCGUAUCCUGGGUGCAACUCGCGCGCCGAGGACUUCAUCACCACCUUCAGCACGGCGAUUGGUGUUGUUUGCAUUGUCGUCGCCGCUUUAGAGCUUGUGGCGGUGGUGUUCGGCCUCUGCCUCGCGAACCACGUGCGAAACAGGGACAGAAGAACACGUUACUGAAUAUCAGUCUCUUACUUUAUAUUACGACGUGAAAAGAACCGAAUGGGCCUUCAUGUCAUUUAGUUAUAGGUGAAAUUAUAAGAACAAUAAGUUUCGUUA